AUGUCGUAUAUUAACAUCCCCCGGGAUCGAAAUGAUCCAAACUAUAGAUACAAGAUGCCGAAAUUGAUCUCAAAAAUUGAAGGCAGAGGAAAUGGUAUAAGGACGAAUAUUUCCAAUAUGGGGGAAAUAGCGAGGUCAUUGAAAAGACCUCCUAUGUAUCCAACAAAAUUUUUUGGAUGUGAAUUAGGAACCAUGGUGAAAUUUGAAGAGAAUGAAGAAAAGGCAAUCGUAAACGGUGCUCACAAAGAACAUGAUUUAGUGACCAUCUUGGACAAAUUCAUCGAAAUGUAUGUUCUAUGUCCACAUUGUUUAUUACCAGAAACAGACAUUAUAGUUAAGAAAGGAUUUUUAAUAUGUAAAUGUAAUGCAUGUGGAAAUAUUGGAGAACUAAACAAUUCUCAUAAAAUUGCGACAUAUAUGAUCAAGAACCCACCUCAAAUAAGCACUGUUGGAAGCAAGAAGAAAAAAGUGAAAGAGAAAAAAUUAGAGAAAAACGGCAAAGGGAAAAAUGAAAAGGGUGGAGUUGGAGCAGCGGAAAAGGGAGAAAAGGGCGAAGAAGCAAAAAAUGGAAUUUUGAAUUCCGGAGGAGAUUACGAUAGUUCGGAUGGACAAGAUACAGAUAAAAGUAAUCCAACAAAUAAUGGAAAUAUUAAAAAGGAUAAGAAACUUAAAAAAAAAGAAAAAAAAAAAAAUAAAACAGAAGAAAAUUUUGUUUUAGAAAAAGAGUGCCUACAUUUUGAUAGUGUAGAGAUUAAGGAAGUUAUUGACAGAUUAAGAACAUUAUUUGUUACCUUUCCAAAUAUAAGUGAUAAUGAUUUUUGUGAAGAACUUCGAGUAUUACAAGUAUCUCAGAGCUUUGAUUCCAAGUGUAGAAUGUUUAUUUGUCUAUGUGCUUUAUUUGAUAACCAGAUAACAAAAGAAUUGCUAGAAAAAUAUAUUAAAUAUGUGAAAAAAGUGAAUGACACAUCAGUAACUGUAACCGAUAUAUUUCUUGCCUUAGAAUAUUAUGUAAACAAAAUAGCUGCUAAUGCACUUAUUAUUUACCCAUAUAUAUUACAAGUAUUAUAUAACAAUGACAUUUUUGAAGGAAAGGAUAUUAUCAAACGAUAUGACGCUAACAGUUCUUCCACUUUGUUAUUUGGAAAGUCCGAUAGUACCGAGAGUCUUGAUGAAAAAACGAAAUACUACAUCGAAUGCUAUAACAAAUGUAAAAGUAUGGCUAAACAUUUUGUUAGUUGGCUAAAAGAAGAUGAAUCAGAUGAGGAUGAAUGUGAAGAGGAGGAAGAAGAAGAUAACCAAAUUAUUAAUACAGUAAAUAGCAACGUGACAAAUUACAAAGUUAAAUCGUUGCGAAAUAAUGGUGACAAGAAUAGAGGAGCUAUAAACAAUGGUGGCAUUAAUAAUAAUAACUCAGGUCCCAAUGAUAAUGAUAAAGCAUUUGAAGAUUCAAAAAGUGAAAAAUGUGAGGAUGAAAUAUUUUUGGAUGCGAAAGAUGGUAUUAACUACACUGGAGAUGAGGAAGAAAUUGAUAUCGAUGCUAUUUGA